GCUUGACGUCACUUCCCUUGGUUCCAGCCAUCACCUGCGAUCACCGAGGCCUCCCUGCAAGGUGCUUCUGCCCCUGCUGAGGGGAGACGCUGGUGGAACCGUCACAGUGGAAGGGCAGAGUGUGAGGAGUGAGAGAGAGAGUGAGAGGAGGGGGCAAGUCCAAUAUUCAGACAGAGAGAGGCUAUACCCAUUUAAAGGGACGGUUGGCAUUGCAGAAUGUACAAGGACUGGGGUGCAGAGAGUUCCCAAGAGGACAAGCAGAGGUAAAGGUGGAAGUCAGCCAAGGGAGCGGAGAGACAGUGGGGGGAACUGCACCAGGGGAGAAGAGGGAGGGCAGAGACAAAUUGGACAAAGGGUAGAGAGUGGUGGAGAGGUAGAGUGAGCUGGGAAAGAGACAGGGGGUGGAGCUGGGUGAGAGAUAGAGCAGAGAGAGAGAGCUGGGUGAGAGACGGGAGGAGAUAGAGAGAGAGGUGAGUUUAAGAUAGAGGAGGAGAGAGGUGGGUGAGUUACAGGGAAGGAUAAGCAGGUGGAAAGAGGGGAAAGGGGAGGGGAGGGAGAGCUGAGUGAGGAAGAGAGGAGAGAAAGGUGGGUAAAAGAGAGAGUGGAUAUAUGAUAGAGUGACAGAGGGGACGAAAGAGGUGAGAGAGGAGGGGGAGAGGUGAGUGAGCCGCCACCACCACUGUCCAGUGAGCUGGCGGUUGUCAAAGACAGCGGGGACCCCAGCAGAAGAUGACGGCACCACAGCAGAUGAUGCUGCCUGGCCUGCUGAGUUCCUCCAGCAUUUUGUGUGUGUGCUUGGAUUUCCAGCAUCUGCAGAUUCUCUCCUGUUGAGGAUGAGAGACCACCAACUCACGGACAGGAGCUGAGCUCAAGACGUGACGGGCACAGGCCACCGCCUCUAUCGACUGCUCACUGCUGUUGGGACGGGGAGAUCCGCAGCCCCUGGUCAGAGUACCGGCCAGCGUGUGUGGAGAUGAAGACCCGGUGGGACUGGCUACUGCCUCUGUGCCUGUGGCUGACUCAACUGCACCUUGGCAAGGCUGAGAAGGUUUACCACAGCCGAGACCACUCUGACAUCCAGGAGAGAGUGUGGACCAGGGCCCGACCUGUCCUCACCGUCAGGUCUGCCCAGGAGUACCUAGACAAGUACGGCUGGACAGAGCCAGUGAACUGGGAGGACCUGGCCUACCAAGGGGUGUCGGCGCCGGUGUACAAUGACCUGGAGAUCCCCGGGCCCGUGCUCGAUGGUCACCACAGUCGCAGGAACCUCCUGGAGCCGGAGGACGAGCAGCAGAUGCCGGCAGAGUACACCAGCGCCCUGCUCAGGUUCCAGAGGGCCAACGGGCUGCCCACUUCUGGGCUCCUCGACCAGGCCACCAUGGAGGCCAUGAACAUGCCCCGCUGCGGAGUGCCAGACCACAAGGCCCACGGUGACAGCAUGCACAUCCUGAACACCACCCGCUACAGACCACCCACCGACUCCAACAUCACCUCCACCAACACCAUCAGCCCACCGAGCCGCAGCGAUGCCCCCCAUUACAGGGCCCGGCGUCAUGUCCCGGCCCCACCCACCAGAACCGCCCAACGCAGCCCCCCAUCCUCUAGAACCCACCAAAACCAGCCCCACCAAUCACAGAACAGUGGUAUGGAACAGCUUAACCAAUGGGUGGCCAGCAGCUUGGGCAAUCUAAGCCAAUCAGAGAAAAGCAUGCGAGGACAAACUAACCAAUCAAAGAACGAAGAUCAGGGUGGGCUCAACCAACAGUUGACCAGCAGGCAAGCAAACCAGUCCAACAACAGCAACAAAGGUUCGCUUAACCGAUGGUUGACCAACAGUCGAGUUCAACUAAACCAAUCAGAACAUAGCAUGCAAAACCAAUCCAACCAAUGGGUGACCACCAGCCAAGAACAACUCAACCAAUCAGGGAGCUCUGGCCAAAGCCAAACCAACCAAUCGAGUGUGGGCAGUCAAGGUGUCGGGACGAGAUGGGUGGCCAGAGGGGAAGAAGCAGAGCCGGACCCUGGGGCCAGGAGGCGUACGAUGCGCUGGUUGGUGGAACGGAUGCGGAGCAGGCGGGCAGCCUCAGACCUCAUGGACAACACCUUCCCCCAGCUGGCCUUCACCAAGUCCCGGCUGAGGUGGCGCAUCCUAGACGAGGGCUACAGCUCACAGCUGACCAUCGAUGACCAGAAAAUUAUCCUGCGUCUCGCUUUUCGCAUGUGGAGUGAGGUCACACCACUGAUCUUCAUCGAGGACCUCACCUCGCCGGCCUCCGAGAUCGACAUCAAGCUGGGAUUCGGCACGAAGAGGCACCUGGGCUGCUCGCAGGUGUUUGAUGGGACGGGGCAGGAGUACGCUCACGCCUGGCGCCUGGGGGACGUGCACUUCGACGACGACGAGCAUUUUGUCAAACCGUCGAGCAGCGAGGGGAUCAGCCUUCUGACGGUGGCUGUUCAUGAGAUUGGACACGUACUAGGGCUGCCCCACAUCCGACGGACU